AAAAAAUAAAGUAGAAGUUUCUGAAGGUGCAAAAAGCAAAUAAAUGUGAAUUUUAAUGGCCCUGUUUUAUAUGAAGUUGUGCAAAAUACAACUGCGUGGUGAGGAAAUUGUGCAGUGCUGAGAAAUAAGAACCCACCAUUCUUUCUCUCUUUUCAAAACUAUUCCUUUCUGCUAAGCUAGAAACACACACUCAGAAGCGCACAGAAAAUGGAUAGACAAACCCUAGCUUCGUCAUCUUCAUCCACCAGCGGCGGCGGCUCUAUCAGUCCGCCGCCGCUGGAAGAUGCGUGGUAUAGUACUUGGCUGAAGCUGCUUCCUCAAUGGCAGUCGCUUUGCUCAGGUAGCCAGAAAAUGAUCCGUAUCGAGAUAUCUAGAGUAAAUCAGUUUGAUGCUGCUCGUCUAGAUGUUGAAAUGUCGGCCAUGCUGAAAGAACAGUUGGUUAAAAUAUUUUCUUUGAUGAAGCCAGGAAUGCUUUUUCAAUACGAACCUGAACUUGAUGCUUUUCUUGAGUUUCUUAUAUGGAGAUUUUCCAUCUGGGUUGAUAAGCCUACUCCUGGUAACGCUCUCAUGAAUUUAAGGUAUAGAGAUGAACGUGCAGUUGAAGCAAGGGGAAAAGUUAGAACGGGACUCGAAGGGCCAGGAUUAACUGUUUCUCAGAAAAUUUGGUACUGUAUUGCUUCAGUAGGUGGUCAGUAUAUUUGGGCCCGCCUUCAAUCAUUUUCAGCUUUCCGUAGAUGGGGCGACACAGACCAGAGGUCUCUAGCUCGUCGAAGUUGGUUUCUGCUACAACGCAUAGAAGGAUUAUACAAGGCUGCAUCUUUUGGAAACCUACUCUUAUUUCUUUUGACUGGAAGGUAUAGGAGUCUUAUUGAAAGAGUCUUACAGGCAAGACUCGUCUAUGGGAGCCCUCAUAUGAACCGAUCUGUAAGCUUUGAAUACAUGAACCGGCAGUUGGUAUGGAAUGAAUUCUCGGAAAUGCUGUUGCUGCUGCUUCCUCUUCUAAAUUCAUCAUCGGUUAAAAAAUUUCUCAGUCCGUUCUCGAAAGAUAAAUCUUUUAACUCUGAAGGAGAUGAUGCAUUAUGUCCCAUCUGUCAGACAACCCCUACAACUCCAUUUUUGGCAGUCCCAUGUCAGCACAGGUACUGCUAUUACUGUCUUCGAACGAGGUGUUCUGCAGCCAUGUCCUUCCGGUGCAAUCGAUGCAAUGAGCCAGUUGUAGCUAUGCAGCGACACGGAGGUACUGUCAGCAAGAUUAAUCGAUGAAGAUUUUUUUUUACAAGGUGAAAAGAAAUUAAAAAAAUAAAAUAAUAAAGUAAGCACAAUUAGAAUGAUGUAUGCAAGGUGUCAUAUAUCACACUAUUGAAAUUCAGGAUGCAAGAUUUAUUUAUAUAGAGAAAGUCCCACUCAAUUGGUGAAAUGAUUGUUUCUAUACUUUCAUCCAUGGACAAAAAGAAAAGGUGAAGGAUUUUUCAAACAUAUAAAAGAUAAUAUUUAAGUAUCUAGCUGAAAAAAAAAUGAAUAAUAUAUUUGGAAUUACGUC